AUGGAGGAGGAAUUUGAUGAUGGGUUUUUCAGCAUGCAUCAACUAUUAGAUGAAGAAAUGCAACAAAAUUCAGAUUAUGAAGCAGAAUUAGAGUUUAUGGCACCAGGCCAACAUGAGCAAAUUGUUCGAAAACAGAAGCCACAACUUACAAUCGCAAAGAAAAGAGAGAUUGUUGAUGAAAUGCUUAAACUUAUGCAUAACGGCAGCUUACCAAGGGGUGCUUUAGCCAGAUUUGCAAGGCAUUUUGGCAUUCACAAGUCCACAACAACAAGAUUAUUUCAAGAAAUAUGCAGGCAACUAGCGGAAGGGACUAUUAUCGAUGUCAGGAGCAAGAAGUUAGGCAAGUGUGGCAGAAAAGCAAGGCAAUACAGUGAGGAAUGGUUACAAUCUAUCCCUUUAUACCUCAGAACAACUGAGAGAAGUUAUGCUGCUGCACUUGGUAUUUCUCAUGUGACCCUCCACACAUUGAAAAAAAAGGGCAUUCUCAGAACACAUACAAGUACAAACAAGCCAAGACUGACAUCGGAUCACAAAAUAGCAAGGCUUAGGUGGGUUCUGAAUCACAUACAACCAGCAACAGCAACUACAAAUCCAACAUUUGAAGACAUGAGCAAUAUGAUUCAUAUUGAUGAAAAGUGGCUUUACAUAAACCCGGAGACAAGAAGAUUUUAUCUUUUGCCCAAGGAAGAAGAUCCAUAUAGAUGUCAACAGUCUAGAAGAUUCAAGAUAAAAGUUAUGUUCAUGGGCAUCAUUGGAAAGCCAUUGUAUGAUGCACAAUGUCAUUUGAUUCAUGAUGGGAAUAUUUCCCUUUGUAUUUCAACAAAUGGCAAAGAAAAAAAGUAA